AUGGAUAAAUGGCUAAAACGGAUUAAUUGCACUUCCAGAGAGUCUUCAACUGCUACCACCAGUCAGCCCACAUGUGAAGAGGCAAAUGCUAGCAACAACAACCCAGGCUAUUCCUCAACCUUACCGUCUAACUUUGACCUGGAUGCUGGAAGCAGUGCAGAUGUGGCUAGCGAAGCUGUUAGCAUAGCCACGGACAGCGGAGUCGGAUGCAGAGUCUCCUUAUGCAAGAAAGCAUACAGCGCCAGCCUCAGACAGGAAGAUGACCUCGUCAAAAAGGCACAAAUAUAA